GUGGAAUCACGGUACAAAAAUGAUUAUACACUGAUAUAUGGACACUCGGUCUUGGAAUUCACGUUCUGAAGAUGUCUGCGUCACUGCUGCGGUGGGUCUUGAUGCUCGCUGCAGCUGUGCGUAGCACAUAUUCCCUGGUGACCACUUUUAAAGAAUCUGAUGGUCCUUACAAGUCAUUGCGCAUUCCAAUGUGUUUUGUACCUGUAUUAGGUGCUAAUUCCGAUCAGAUGUACAACCCUAGGUACCAAUUUUCUCUUACGGAAGGUGGUACCAUCGAGGGAAUGAUAAAGGUAGUCAAUGUUUUGGACGGUCCUGUUAUCAAAAUAGCGCGUCACCCUGAGGAAUUGAUUAAAUCGAUGAAGAAUGGCAUUGACUAUUCAAAUCGUCACAAUCCAUUAAGGGUAAGAAUAAGAACAGUGGAUGAGGGCCAUCACCAAGAUCAUCACAGUUGGUUCCAGCUUGGCCAUAAUUUACACAAAUGGUUUACUCGUCGGAAUGAUGACGAUAUGCCGCUGCAGGAACCCCUGGUUGACCGCGGCAUAUCGGAUAGACAAACUCUGGACAAUGUUUACUUGUUGCUAAUGUCCAAGGCCAAGUGGGACAUAUAUUCCAGCGUAGCGACUGAGGAGCACUUGCAACCUGCCAAGGGUAACAACAAAUUCAUUGUUAGCAGCAACGUUGCUGCGGAUAUGCGCAUACCUAUAUCUGAGGUUGGUGUCCCUAUAAAAUUCAGGUUUACUGCCAAGGAAACUGACCGGUUCGUGUUGAUGAUACUGAACGCUGAUGAGCGAAAGCUGCUACUCGACGGGAAGAUCACGUUCAUGAACCCUUAUAAUGACCACUUACCUAGUGAAAUGAAGUAUUUUGAGCCUGUCAUUUCAUUUUGGGAGUCGGUAUAUCGUUUUACUGGUAUACUGGCACUUGCAUAUUUGCUAUUAAAUCUUAGAUCAACUGCGAAUAUGGUGAAUUAUAUCAUGGCCCUUAACUUUGGAUUAAUCGGUCUCUACUUACGGCUAGACAGAUUUUUACUAGAUUCGUUGAUCAAUACCGGUGAGCAUUCGAACAUACUGUGGACACUGGCUCACGUAUUGAGGCGUAUUCAUGAAAACUGCUUAAUGGGUCUGUUACUUCUUUUGGCUCUUGGGUGGAAGAUACUACGUCCUCAUUUAUCUGGUGUGGAGAUUAGGUUAGUGCUGUCUGUGACAGUAUUUUCCUGUGUAGUCGGUUUCAUUGAGAUAUUAAUCUUUGGUGUUGAUGUAACGCGUGGUCUCGUUUACACUAUAAGUUUCGUAGCUAUUCUUAUAGCUACUAAUUUCAACAUUCUACUUAUAAGGGCGCGGGUGGUUGACGAAUCGCUCAACAGUGACGCAGGUAUCGCAUAUGCCCAUUUGAAGGCGUACAAGUUAUUCAAGAUAGGUUUCUUCGCUUCCAUAUUGAAGCCAGAGAUAUACUCGAUUAUUCGGGGUUUAUGUCUCCAGACUACUGGGGACCAAACCUUCGUUUGGGAUGAGCAUUUCAUGCUGUUCAUCGAUUUGUUUUUUGACUAUGUUAUCUAUUGCGUCUACUUUGUAGCGUUUAUGCCAACUACUCAACUACCGUUAUUCAAGCAUCUCUUGGAGAUGCGCGGCAUACCUAGGCAGUAGUAAACAUGGUAACUAAAUGUUUUUAUAACGUCUAU